CGGACGCUCGCGAGAAGACAUGCUGAGGCUGCCGUCGGAGAGAGUCACUUUCACACGGACUGGGAUGUGAGCGAGCGCGACGAGAUGGAGACCUUCAUCCAUCUUUACCUGAAUCUGACUGAUCUUGGGAGUCAAGCCAAGAUGUGACCGUCACCGCGCGUCAUUGUUUGGAUCCGUCCUGCCUUUUCAACACUUGUUUCUAUAGCAACAAAAAUAUCAGAGAAUACUUAAAAGUCCCUUUCCAACCAUGCAGUCCUCUAGCAGCUCCUCUCAGCCUCCAAAGCCGCGGCGCUUUGACGUCAGCAGGCGGACCAAUACCGUGGCUGGACUGAAGUCUCACGGCCCCGGUUUUCAGAGGGAGGAUAAGAACAUGAACACGAUCGCCGCGGCCUCCCCACGCCGAGUUACCAAAACCCCUGUUGCAGCCACCAGGACCAGGGUUGGGGUGCAGCCUCGAGCACCGGUCACCCAGCCCAGGUUUGUCUCGCAAAGGUUGAGCCAACAAGGCCCCACCAUCUCCAAAACAGCUAAGCCCAAACCCAAGACUCGUGCAUCUGCCGCAGCCAAAAUUGCACCAGCGGCCGCUCCACCUCCACUUCCCUCCGUUCUCCCUCUUGACACGAACUGCAACGAGCCGAGCCUCCCGUGUCUGUGCUGCGAUGGCCGCUCCCCGCAGGACAACAACAGCAUGUUUAACCAUAACCACAACAACAACAACACCAUCUCUAUCCGACAGCAACUGAAGCUACCGCCUCCUCCGGCCCCCUUGCCACAGAGGCAGGAUGGGAAAGGAGCCAAGGAGCCGUCUCAGCCUCCGUCACAAGCGCAGGCCCAGCUGGAGGCCUCCGCCCGCCCUGCUGCCACUCUGGAAAACGAAGGCAAGAACGCAGACGCUAGCGCUGAUCUGGACAACAAGAAAAAUGUCAAAGUAGAGGAAGAAGAUGACGAUGAAGACAGUGGGGAUAUUGAUAUUGAUGAUGAUGAAGAUGAGGCUGACGACGAUGAUGAUGAUGACACCCUGGUCCCCUCGUGCUGUGACUGUCCCCCCUCCUUACUGGAGUUCUCGCUCUCCUCCUCCACCUCCUCGUCCUCCACUUCCAUCAGCUCCUGCUCUGAUCUGGAGUCUGACUGUGCAGAUCAAUCCGCCUCCAUCUGCUCUUCCCACGACGAAGAUAAUCUGUCCCUCGCUCUGUCCCCCAAAGACCACUCUCUCCCACUAGCCCCUGAAUGCAAGCCUCCUGCGCGUUCACCCCCAUCCCUUCCUCUUAACUGCAACCCCUUCAUCCUGACGUCACACUCCCCAAUUCCCCCGUGCUCCCCAGAUGAGGGUUACCCCUCUGCCCUGGACUCCCCUUCUCCAGACUACUUAGGAGUCAAAGGUGAUUCAGAGGUCAACAAACUAGGUUUGCUUGACUUUCUUGAGUCAGUAGGGGAGUUUGGGAAAAUGGAGCGCUUCAGCCAGGUGAUCCAAGUGGCUCGUUGGGACCUUGAGGGGGAGCAACACUGGGAUGUUCUGAAGGAUCGACUAGACCACCUGGACCACCUGGAGAAGGUGAACAGGGAAGUAAAACUGGCUUACAUCGCCAAACUCCACGAGAAGGGAUUUGAUCUUGGGGAUCUUGAGGAGCAAGAUCUCUCAGAUGUAAUGGAUGAAAUGGGCAACAUCGACAUUACCUGGAAGUUGUAUAAAAGCGGCAGAGGAGCGAUGGGAGACUCUCAGGAGUUUUCAGAUGCAGGGGUUGAUCUUACGGCUCCUUCAGACUGUGAGGACCCUCUCCUUCCUGAUUCCCUCACUUCUUCUCCUGUCGGCCCGCCACCGAGACCCCCCAAACCCCCAGCGCGUCAUGCCAGCGUGAGCUCUGACCUCCACACCUACAUCAAUAUCAGCAGGGAGACGACUUCCAUGGCUGUCUCCACCUCUCCCACCCUGUCUACUUUCUCCCCUAACUCCUCGUCCCCCACUUUCACUACUUUUAGAUGUGAGAAACCCCUACCUCCAUCUCCACCCUCCAUUCCUCCCCUCCCAACUUCUAAACCUGUCCCUUACUUCACUCUUUACACCACCCCUUCUCCGCCUCCAUCACUCCCCACCCCAACUCCUCCCAUUCCUCCCCCUAGGAAGCGUCACCUUGCCAGGAAGGAGGCACAGCGGCUCGCUGCUCUUCAGGCCCUACAGGAAAGCACCCCCCUUUCCCUCCCUCCGCCUACCACACGUCCCCCACCUCUGCCUCCCCCGCCAGUUAUCUCAAUCUCCUCCUCAUCUCCCCCUGCCAUACCACCUCCGCCUCCACCUGUCCUGCCCUCUCCCCCAUCCUUCCAUGUACUAGAUGUAGAGAUUCAUAAGCUGUUGAUGCUUGCUGGAGUGACCCAAGCGGAGCUUCUCAAACUCAGCCCAGAGCUCAGUGUUUGCGUUGGAGGGUUAGAGGAUGAAGGAGAUCAUGAUAUCUCGUCCAGGUGUGGGGAUUCUUAUGAGUUCAGAUUAAAUGAGAGGGAGGUGGAAAAGGAUUGUUAUAGAGAUGGAUGGAGCAGCAGAGGCAAGUUAGAUGGAGAUCGAAUAGCAUAUAUAGCUCAAGAAACCAACAAGGAAGCGGAGAGCACACAACGAACCACCUCGUUCACUGAGAUGGCGAGGAGGAAGAAGAGGAGCUGCGGUCUGACCUCCGACCCCUAUUACAGCACUGGUUUUAGCAAUACACAUGAAACUAAAGCAAACAAUAUUAGCUUUGACUCUUACCGGUAUUCUGCAGAGGAGCUAGAUUCACCUCCCCCUCCACCUCCUCCUCGUCCUUUACCCCCAAUCCCCCCAUCUGUGCCAUCCCACAAAGUGAGCACUCUUGUGGCUAACUCUGCACAGCCUGAUCGAUUUGAUUGGCUAAUAGCGUUCACACCUGAAUGUGAAGGCCCACCAAAGCUUCCACCCCUUGCAAUGAGAAAAUCUCACGUGGAAAGUCAAAAGAAGCUCAGCUCAUCGGGGUCAUCUCCAGGUUCAGCUCCACAUGUCACGACUUUUAAAGAGCUUCGUAACGGCAACAAGAGCACCUUCCUGCAAACAAAGGUGAUCACUGAUCCGGACCCUGACCCAAACAUUAUCACUCCAGAUGCAGACAUCCUGUACAACCUGAGGUGGAGACGACAGAUGGCAGGCGGAGACGGCAACGAAUGGGAAUACACUUCUCAGGCUCAGGCCUUCUUCAUGCAGCCGCCACCAGCCCUCACUUCAAUGGCCGCUCUGAAGGAAAUGCUCCAGAGAGCUGACGAGGAGGGUAGACAACCCGAGCUGUGCCCAAUACAGAAGAUUGGCUGCUCGGUCAGUGACAGCAGCCUGUGGACCACGGGCAGAGAGUGGGAGGUUGAAGGAGUCAAGAGGGAGGAGAACGAAGGAAAAGAAGAAGAGGAGGAAAAGGUGGUGUUGGAAGUUGAGGUGCGGGGACGAGCCGAUGGAGGAAGGACUCUUGAAACAAGAACCACAGUUUCCUCCCCACCACUGUCCCUCGCCCAGUCCUCCCAACCCUACUUCCUGCACACUGCCCUCCCUUCCUAUCAUCCAGGCUACUGUAACGCCCAGCCCUUUGCAGAUCCCAGACCCCACAGCCAUGCAGGCAGGGAAUCCAAAGACAAAUACUGCAACACACCGACCCCCCCUGCUGCCAGCUCAGCUUGUAUCCACAGAGAUGAUUCUGGCACUGACAUGAGCUUCGGCUUUAAUUUUGAAUCCCUGGAUGAUGUUAGUGUAGACUCUCCUUGUGAUUAUGGGACUAUCUUUAACACACAGAGGGACUUUGUGUCUGACUCUCCCUGUCAUUUUGACUCCCUAUACUGCAGUAACUCAGGCACACACGUUAAGUCAGACACACCUGAUAGUGGCACCACAGUGGCCCCAGGCUGCACCACCCCAUAUAAGAACAUAGAUGUUAUGAUGACGUAUUCAAACAGUAUCAACGCAUUCGAUUCGCUGCAUUCAGAAAAGCGCCCACACUCUCACACAGACAACAGAAACAAGGCCAGGACGUCCAAAGAGCUUCCUCCUCUCCCUACAUAUUACCUGUACCACCCUAAAAACUGCCCUCUGCACAGGGGAGCCCCUCCUCGUCUCUCCCCUAUCGGUGCCCUCUCCCCUCCCCAUCGCCCCGGAGCCCCCCCCCCAGGCACUGCAGGCUUCCGCCUCAGCUCCCCGCUUUUCCCCCGCUCUCACACCUUGCCUGCCCUCGCUGCUCCCCUAUACUAUCCAAACCUUUACCCUCCUAUACCGCCAAGGGCGCCCCCCCUUCCCCCAAAACUCUACCAGGCUCCUCCGCAGUCACACGUGGCGACUGUUCGCAGUGUCUCAUUCGCUGGCUCUGUUCAGAGGACAGAGGCAUCCUGGAUGGGCGAAGAUGUGAAGCAUCCAAUGAGAGGUCUGGGCCUGUCCUCUCUGUGCCUGCAGGAAAAAAAAGCUCUGGUCAGUGCCGUCAGUGUGGCAGUGGAAGCCAUCUUGGCCCAGUUCAGCUCUUCUCGGACUGUAGUUCAGAAGUCUCUCUCAGUUAACAAGGCUUUAUCAGGAGACAGCACUAUAAAUCCUUCUCUGGGCCGUCUGGUGCUGCAGUGCCUCUGCCCUGCACUGCACAGCUUGCUGACCGAUGGCUUGAAACCUCAUCAGAGUGACCUGAUUGCAGGCAGGAGGCCAAAUUCAGCCUGGGGUUUGGUCCAGGCAUCAACCAAGCCAGGUCCGAAAACACAAGCGUUGUUCAACCUACAAGUUCGAAUUGGAGAGCUGCCUCAGCUCAGACAGAGCAAACACCGGUUCAACGCAUUCCUCCUUGGCCUACUCAAUACAAAGCUUCUUGAUUUCUGGCUGUCUCACCUUCAGUCUUGCAGUGAUGUGCUGGAGACAUAUUACCGGCCCAACUCCAUCAUGCGUCUGUCGCUGACCGCCUGCCAGCCUCUGUUCGAGGAGCUGCUCCUUGUGCUGCAGCCUCUCAGCCUGCUGACCUUUAACCUGGACCUGCUCUUCCAGCACCAUCAUUUAGAGGCAGACAGUCACAGUCCAGACAUCCCCAGUCCACCUUGUCAGGAUGCAGGAAUUAAGCUUUCAAAAGAGGGGUCCCAAUCCAAAACAGCAGGCUGCAGAUAUAUGGAAAGCCUCUCGGAUGUAGACUUUCGAAGCUCAGAACAACGAGCAGCAAAACAAAAAUCGUCACCAUUGAGUAGCCCAAUGAAUGGAGGGCCAGGGGAGUCGACACAAUGCAGCGCUGCACCCACAAACGCUUCGGCCACUUACGCACAGACAAGUCCUCAGCUGUUGUGGGUGCAGGAGACAAAUAUUGGAGACCUGCCCCCUCCUAAUUCUGAGGAGGACAGCUUCACUCAGCAGGCUGGACAGGUGAUCCAGCAGGGAUGGGGGGCUGUGAUGCGCUGGGGAGGCAGAAUGAGCCAUAACCUGUCUGAGCUGAACCUGAAAAAGGAGGAGAUGAGGAUGGAUCUGCCAGAACUUCAUGCAGAGAGUGACUUUGCUCCGGUCAGCAGUGGUGCUUCGGUUCCCUGGCGUCUGGGGCGGAUCUUUGGAGCCUCUAAAAGCCUCAGCAGCCCACCAGGUCAAACCCCACCAACCAGGCGUCCCUCUCAGUGGCUGGCUCCUGGAGUCACUGCUCUGACCCGAAUGGUGAGCAGCAACUCCACCCCGAUAAUAACGACGGCCCCGGAGCCCCAGGUAGAGAGAGCGUCAGAGAAAGAGCUUGAGACACUGGAGAUGAACGACAGACCCAGACCACUCAGGUCGGUGCGAACGCUGUGUGAUCACUCUGCUGGAAGAGGGUCGGAGCUCAGCUUCUGCAAAGGGGAGGAACUGGUGGUGUUGGGAGGAGUUGAUCAGGACUGGAUCCGCUGUCGUCAGGGAGACAAAGAGGGGAUGGUACCUAUCGGCUACACCUCCCUCAUCAUGUGACCUCAGUGCCAUUACUGCUGCACUCCAUCAAUAAGAAAAAACCAAGAAAAAAAUAUUUUAGGCGAGAGGUUAUGGUGAGGCUCCACUACUCUGAAAGGGAUAUUUCACGCUUGCUCGGUUUGAGUGCAGAACACCAUCUGCUCUGCUUUACGUGCAUCAGGAGCAAUCUGCAGCUCUCUCCUUUUAUGAACAUAUGGGAGUUUCCCCCCCCAUCACAAUCCAUCUAGUUUGGUAGCAUUAAACUAAUGGAUGAUAGCAGCAGGAAUGCAGUAGAUGGUGUGAAAAAAUGACUCAAGUCAAAUCUAGACCAUUUCAUACUAAAAAACCUUUGAUCUUGAAGUGAAGUAUCCCUUUAAAAUGUCUUUUUCUCAAUGCCUGCCUUCCGUGUCAGCCACUGAUCUGAAAAUGAUCACAGGGCAAUCAACUAUUCGCAGAUUUAAGAGCUUUCAGAUCAGCGUCUGCCCGCCGUCAGAAGGCAAUCCGACAGCCUGGUAGUAGCCACUUUAACAUCUUGAAGAUAGUGGCGGCUGGCAGGUUGUCGAGAGGAGAAAGCAUGUGAGAGUAGAGGGCCGUAGCUCCUGUUGCAUACUGCGUAGUAAUGUAGUGAAUUGUAGCUGUGUAGAUCUGUGUUCUAUUGACCUUUCACCCCUAUUGACCUCUCACCUUUAUCGCCUGGUUCAUGUGUGUUUGACAUGUUUCUGCUACUAUAUAUGACUGUAUAAAUAUACAUACAAAAUAUAUAUAUAUAUAAGGGUAUAUAAAAUAAGAUUGAUAUUACCAAGAUAGAUAGAAAGAACGAUGAACAAGAGAAGGCAGAUAGUAAAACACAAGCAGCAGCUUAAUACUGUGGCCACAUUGAGGAAGUAAAUUAUUAAAAUACUUUAUCUUUACAUCUGCAACUUCACACAUACAUUAAGUGGUUGUCAUACAUGCCAAAAAAACGGUAUAUGUGUUUGUUUUAAGUAUGAAAUCCAGUAUCUUCCCUUAUGUGUGCUUCAUCUAUUGCUGUUAUUGUGACAUCAUAUUCAUACAUUAUUAGAUUUAUCCUCAUACCUUAAACACUAAAUGCAUUGUAAUGUGCCAUGAAUGCUCUGAGUGAAUGCCAGAAAAUAUCACACAGUUCUAGAAGAUAAUAUUUGGCUACAGCAAUCUCUAGCCAAACUCAACUCGUCCAAAAUGUAAUGUCCGAGUAAACGCUUCACAACACUUUGCUCAGCUCUUGUUUAACACUAUCUGACCUUAGACUUAAUGCAGUGAGAACAUCCCAGAUGUGUGUAACUCAUGACUGCUUCUGUAAAGUCUGCAGGUUUGGUGGCUGGUCUUCACCUCAUACCUCAGCUUUGGUAUUUGUCUUCACCCUCCCCCCACCAUGUUUGCUCAUCAUAAUCAUUGAUAUUAAUGAUAGUGGUAGUGGUGUAAGUGUUGAUUCUAAUGUUGAAACACAUUGCUUUGUGUCAUUAGUUAUUCUCUAGAUUCUGCAUAGAUUACUAUGCAUAUGGUUCAAUGUACAACGUUUGUUUUUAAAGUCAUGGUUUCGAUUUGAUGCUGACACCUAAAGCCAAAAAAAAAAAGCUUAAAUAUAUAAAAGAGAUUUAACCGGUCUGGCUGACACUAAAGGACCUCUAAUUAAUUCAUUAGGAAUGUGUCUUUGCUAUAGAUCAAUCAGGGAAAGCUCAGUUCUUCAAAGUUUCCUAGUGUUAUCGUGUCAAUGCCAUGUAGCAUGACAUCUCGUUGCAUUAAGUCGAACUAGUGCUCAUAACGUGUAACUUAUGAUCACAAUAAAAUGCCAACAAACGGAUAAUACCUAGAUGUUUACAAGAAAUAAGAAUCAGCUGACACAUUAAAUUGUGUUCAUCUUUUUGGUUUUGUUUAUUUUUUUAGAUUCUGGUCUAAAUGCAUUUGUUUGAAAGCUGUUAAAAAUGAUUGGAUGUUCUAUUUAUUGAUCUGGAGGUUCCUGAAAGGAAAAGCUCUAUCUGACCCAUCUAGUGUCUCUCUAUCUAUCUGGGUUAUUUAUGUGUGUAUGAGCUUGUGUGUGUGAGCGUGCACACAGCAGUGAAAGCAGAGAUGAGUGUGAGCACAUUGGUGUGUCUGCACAUCCUGCACUUUCACCUGUAUGCGUGUGUGUUUGUAACAAUGAUAUGUGUACCUCCCUCUCCUCCUCUUUCUCUCUGGUGUCAUGUAGCCCGUAGACAUUCCUGUGUCCUACUAUUGCAUAUAGUUCAGUGCCCCUUAGUGUCAGUCACUGUCCACCUCCUGCAUGUGCUUGUUUGUAAAUACACCAAAUAAAAAGAUCAGUAUAAACCAAA